CCGAUAUCAAGUUCAGUGUCAGCAAAAUCUUCGCAACGUUCAGUCUUAACUCUUAAUCGAUACUUCCAAGAUAUUUAAUCUCAUCGAAAUCUCAUCAAAAUGAAUUUUAAGUUCACGCUUUUAUGUAUCGUGUUCUUCACGUACAAUUUACGGGAUGGCUCAAUUGAUGCCCGUCGGGUGGCGAGAGGGUAUACCGCCAACUGCAAGAAGAGCGAUUUUCCUCCUCAUCCACAAACCUACUGCUGCGGCCUCGAUCAAGCCGACGAUAACCUUGAACGGAGUGGAAACGCUGCUAUCAAUCAGUUCCCUUGGAUUGCUCUAAUAGAGGAUGCCAAAAAAGAAGUAACAUGCACAGGAACACUGAUCAGCUCCAGAUACGUUCUGACUGCAGCACAGUGCUUGUUCCGAGAGCCAACACAUGUCAGAUUGGGUGACUUCAAUAAAACAAACACGGGCCCAGACUGUAUCAGUACAGGGGGUGUGACAUAUUGUAACGAAGGAGCCGUCAGUAUCAGCAUCGAAGAAUACAUUCCUCAUCCCAUGUUUGAAUCGCCCAACUUCCACGGAAACGAUAUUGCAAUUCUCAAGCUAGCGAAAGCUGUGCCUUAUACGACAUUCAUGAGGCCAAUCUGUAUGCCAACGUACGACAUAACACUUUCUCCACCUAAGGAUUUGCAUCUGAUUAAUGCUGGUUGGGGUAGCAAGCCGACGAACGAAUUUGAGGAGGAUGUGCUCAAGCAUUACGUCCAAUUGCCACACAAGUCAUUGCCGGAAUGUCAGAUGGCGUACAAGAUGAACCUGUCAGAAAUGGACAACCACUACAUAACCGAAAAUCAAAUCUGCGCGGGCGGUGAAGAUGGUUUGGACUCCUGCCGAGGCGACGGUGGUGGCCCUUUGAUGCACGCUGAGGAAGGACAGUACUCUCUUCACGGCAUCGUCAGCUACGGACCCGUACCCUGCGGUAGAAUCGGAGUUCCCAGCGUCUACACCAAAGUGUUCGCGUAUUUGCCUUGGAUCCAGAGUGUUAUCUCAUCGCGGCACGAAAGAUUUUAGUUAAUGAAAUGUGAUUGACGGAAAAAGAGGGAGAUUUGAAAGUAUUUGUUUAUACCUAAGACAUAUCGAUUAUUAUAAAUAUUUCGUAAUUUAUACCUUAUAGUCAGUAAGUAGUGUAAUUAGUUAACUGGUUAUCUAGUGAAAUUAGUAUCUAAUAAAUAAAAUAACAAUUAU